GGGCCGCCGGCCGCCUCCAGCACCCGCCGCGCCGCAGCUCCGGGACCGGCCCCGGCCGCCGCCGCCGCGAUGGGCAACGCCGCCGCCGCCAAGAAGGGCAGCGAGCAGGAGAGCGUGAAAGAGUUCCUAGCUAAAGCCAAAGAAGAUUUUCUUAAAAAAUGGGAAAAUCCCUCUCAGAAUACAGCCCAUUUGGAUCAAUUCGAUCGAAUCAAGACCCUGGGCACGGGUUCCUUUGGCCGGGUGAUGCUGGUGAAACACAAGGAGACAGGGAACCACUAUGCAAUGAAGAUCCUCGACAAACAGAAGGUGGUGAAACUGAAACAGAUCGAGCACACCCUCAAUGAAAAACGCAUCCUGCAAGCCGUCAACUUUCCGUUCCUCGUCAGACUCGAGUUCUCCUUCAAGGACAACACGAACUUAUACAUGGUCAUGGAGUACGUUCCCGGUGGGGAGAUGUUCUCACACCUACGGCGGAUCGGAAGGUUCAGCGAGCCUCAUGCCCGUUUCUACGCGGCCCAGAUCGUCCUGACCUUCGAGUACCUACACUCGCUGGAUCUCAUCUACCGGGACCUGAAGCCGGAGAACCUCCUCAUUGACCAGCAGGGCUACAUUCAGGUGACAGACUUCGGUUUCGCCAAGCGUGUGAAGGGCCGCACCUGGACCUUGUGCGGGACCCCCGAGUACCUGGCCCCUGAGAUCAUCCUGAGCAAAGGCUACAACAAGGCCGUGGACUGGUGGGCCCUGGGCGUUCUCAUCUAUGAGAUGGCUGCUGGCUACCCGCCCUUCUUCGCCGACCAGCCCAUCCAGAUCUACGAGAAGAUCGUCUCCGGGAAGGUGCGGUUCCCUUCCCACUUCAGCUCUGACUUGAAGGACCUACUUCGGAACCUCCUGCAGGUGGAUCUAACCAAGCGCUUUGGAAACCUCAAGAACGGAGUCAACGAUAUCAAGAACCACAAGUGGUUUGCAACGACUGACUGGAUCGCCAUCUACCAGAGGAAGGUGGAAGCUCCCUUCAUACCAAAGUUUAAAGGCCCUGGCGACACGAGUAACUUUGACGACUAUGAGGAGGAAGAGAUCCGGGUGUCCAUCAGUGAGAAGUGUGGCAAGGAGUUCUCUGAGUUUUAGGGGUGUGCCUGUGGCCCCAGGGGUUUUCUUUUCUUUUUUUCCUUCUUUUUUUUUUUUUUUUGGUGGGGGGGUGGGAGGGUUGGAUUGAACAGCCAGAUGGCCACAGAGUUCCUUGCAUCUAAUUUCACCCCCACCCCACCCUCCGGGGUAGGGGGAGCAGGAAGCCCAGAUAUUUGGAGGGACAGAAAACACCAGCUGCUCCCCCCCUCUCCUUUGAGUCCUCCUGCACCUUCUACCACUUUUCCCUCCCUCCUCCCCGACAACCCCCCCCCCAGUCCACUUCAGCCUGUUUUAAACGAGUUUCUCAGCUCCAGUCAGGCAAGGUCUUGCUGGUGUAUCCAGGGACGGGCUGUGGAAAGGGGCCCAAACUUAACCUCCAGCCCCCACCACACCCCAACCCCACCACAGGCACCCCUCAGUAAGGGCCAAUGAAGGAAAAGCCCACCUUCCCUUCAGAGCAACCCUGCCUGCCUGGGAGGAAGAGAUUUUAGUGACAUGUUCAGUGGGCUGCUUGCUAGGAUUUUUAAAAAAAAAAAACAAAAAACAAUUUAAAAUCUUAUUUAAGUUCCACCAGUGCCUCCCUCCCCUCUUUCCUCUACCCUCCCCACUCCCUUGCUCUCCCCCCUCCCCCAAAUCCAUUUGAACAAGGUUGGGAAUCAGAUUGACUUUGUCAAGGGAGGCGCUGGGGUUUGAACCUCUGCCCUGAGCUGCUAAUCUCCCCUGCCCCCUUUUGGGGUGGUGGCGGGCGUCCUCUGCCAAUCCUGCGAGGGUCUCAGCCCCUUUAGGGAGCCCCUACUGCCCUCCCCAGCAGACCUUUCUUCACCCCUGGGCUUUGGGAGCCAGACACAGCAGCUGUCCCUCUCCCUGCCAAAGAGGAGUCACCCCCCCAAUAAAAGACAGAGGGGGAGCCCCACGCCGAGUCUUUCCUCCCAGCAGCACCCCCCAAACUCCUUAAUUUUAUUCUCAGCCAGAUAGUAACACGCAGCCUCCUCUCCACUCGGUUGGGAAGGCAACCCUGCAAAAGGGCAUGGAAAGCAAAGUCCCCUCCCCCGGGCCCCACUCCACAGCCCAGGGUUCAAGGCCAGGGUUGCUGGGGAGGGGCUGCCUGUUUUAGUCACCCAGCAGCUUCUGGGGUCCCUCCACCAUCCUGGGCGCCCCACUUCUAGCUUAGCCAACAGCUGUCCGUCACUUCCACCUCCGUCAGAUUUGUGCUUUUAUCUCUCAAUAGAAAAGUGGGGAGCCACCCCAAUUCGUCCCUCUGUUUGUCCCUCUCAUAACUUCUCCCCAUCCCAGGAGGGCUCUCAGGCCUGGGGUGGGGCCCCGGGUGGGCACGGGGCGAUUCAACCUGUGUGCUGCGAAGGACGAGACUUCCUCUUGAACAGUGUGCUGUUGUAAACAUAUUUGAAAACUAUUACCAAUAAAGUUUUGUUUAAAAAAAAAA